GGGUAAUUCGGAAUUUUUCUGCGCGUCCCGGCAGUCUGCCUACCGGUAGGCUCGAUCCCGGGAGCUGGCCGCGGUUGUGGAGCAUCGUGAGCGAAACGAGUGAUGUCUGAGAGGCGGACGCGGUUCGGAGGGGCCGCUCGGCGCUCCGGGGCCCAGGCCCCGUCUCUUCACAAAAGCCUGCAGAGGUCCCCGCGGAAAUCGGAUUCCGAGCCCGCGAGUUUCCUCCCCGAGAUCUGGCGGAAGGCGCCUCAUGGAGCUUCCACCCGAAAACCUAUCGUGUUGAAGAAGAUCGUGGCUCACGCGGUGGAGAUGCCAGCUGUCCACUCGCCUCGCCGGAGCCCACGGAUUGCUUUUCUCUUGGAGAAAGAAAACAACCCCCCACAGAGGGAGCCCGCCAGGGAGGACCUCUUCAAGUCGUGCAGCGUCCCCACCACGCCGACCACCACACCGGUGCUGGGCCCACUGAGUGCCAAGUCUACCUCCAGGGAAGGGGAGCUGGAUGCCAGGGACUUGGAGAUGUCUCAGAAGGUCCGGCGGUCCUACAGCCGCCUGGAGGGCCUGGGCGCUCUUACCACCUCCACCCCGGGCCACCGGGCCCCCUUAGGCUUCAGCGGGGCAGACGACUUGCCCAGAGUCUCACCUGUGGUUGCUGCAAAGUCAACCGAGGUCUCCGGGGAGCCCGCCAAGCCUUGGGCCCUGGAUAUGGCUCUGCCUGGCAUCUCCCCUCUGGUCCCCAAGGAGAAGCGGAAGAAAAAGAAGGUGCCACAGAUCCUGAAAUCGGAGCUGGAUGAGUGGGCCGCGGUUAUGAAUGCCGAAUUUGAGGCUGCUGAGCGGUUUGACCUCGUGGUUGAAUGAGACAAAGUGGGCGUGCCUGCGGCUGGCCUCUCCACGCUCCUUGUACAUAAGCCCCUCCUCGCUGUGUGGAAGACGCCGGGGCGCCUGGCCUAGCUACUCACUGGGGUGCUGUCCCAUCAUCCUCCUCUUCCUGCCUCCCCAGAGCGUUGGCGUGAGCAGGUGCUUCUGGCCGCCCUGACAGAAGCAGGGUACCCCUCCUUAGGGGUCUUGGGUAGAUGGCAGCCACAGCCUUCCUGUGUCAAGGCUCUAGAUUUGGGGCAGUUCCUUGAGACCCUGUAGAUGGUCCCCAGAAAACUGAUGGUCAAGGGCAGCUCUGCCCUUAAGAAGCUGGGUGUCCAGCCUGCAGUGGAACUGGAAGUUUGGAAGAGGACAGCUUCCAUCAGCUGCCAAAAAAUAAACUUCUGUGUCCUGCUGGUGAGAUGUGUGAUGAUGCCAUGUCGAAGGGAAGCUGGCUGCUUGGAAAUGUCCCGCACCAGGACUGCUGGGGCCUGACAUACUGCUAGAGAGAUGGGAUGCCUCUUGAUUCACACCUGUUUGCUUACAAGAGCCACUGCGUAGUCUCCUCAGUCAUUUGCCACAGGGGGUUCUGGGAAAUAGUGGGGCUGGAGAGCGGGUGACAAUGCCCGAGAGGCAGGGGCCUGGCAGAAACCUGGUAAGGGGUGUCUCCCUGUCCCCAUCUUACUCAAAGCUACAAACAGGUGUGUCCUUGUACUUGCCCACCCACAGUGGCCCCUUGUGCCCCCCUGUGCCAUAGACUGUGGUGCCUUCUGAUGUUUACAGGUUUGUAGGAGCUAUUCGCAGGGGGCAGGGAGCACUGUAGGCUGCAAAGGGUGGACACAGGGUUAGGUGCCCAGACGGAGUUGUGCAGGCCUGGGGUGAGAGGCACUAAUUAGAUACUUGGGCAAGCUGGGGGUCCUGGCCCUCUGCCCACCACACCACGCUCUGUCGUCCCUGAGCACCAACCCCUUGCCAGGGAAGUGCAUGCGGCCAUGAGCUGGGCCACCCCUGCCGAGCCCUCUGGCCAGCUGGCAGGACCCAACUCCUGGAGGAGUCCAGAGGCUGCUCGUUCCUCUCCCUGAGCUACUCUGUGUGGUGUGAGAGGAGGGACCAGGCUUGUGUUCUAGAAUCUUCAACGGACUGACAAUUUAAUGAUUGGGUCAAAGGUGGAACCAGAGCAUGAGGGCUGUUGGCUGAACCACCCUCCAGAGUCCUGUGGGAAGCCCCUACCCUAGCUACUGUCCAGGGCUCCUGGCAGUGAAGGCCUCCAGGCAAGUCGUGUCUCCCUGCUGUCCCUGAAGGAGAGAAAAUACCAGAAUCUGCGGAGUCCCUAAAGAUCUAAGGCGACUUUAUGUCUCCCACCACAAAGACUCAACAUCUGACUUGUGCCGCCUACGGGGUCAGGCUCCCUGGGGCUAUUGGUCUCCACCAAGUGGCUGGUGGCUUGGCUGCAGGUCACAGCUCCCUGCCAUGGGCCCAGGCACCCU